UCCUAGCCACAUCAAAAGGCUUAAAUUCUUUGAUACACAGCACACACUAUCUCAGAAGUGAAGCUCUGAAGAACUGUGAAGUAUGGUACUUUCUUCAUGCUCUUUGACUUGGAUUUCACCCUCCUUCUCCCCUAAGUUAAACUUGCCACAUUCAAACCAUUUACCUCGCAAUACUGCAACUUCAUCUUCCAACAACACUGCGUUUUGUUCAUUGGGCACAAUCUCCACCGGAGAAAGCCACUGCCAGAGAAGACCGCUAUUGCUGGGAGUUGGAGCUUUGACUGCAAAUUUACAACUGACAGAUUUGGUUUUUGCUCAAGAAAAACCAGACAGAUACCAAGCUUUUGUGGACUAUGAAGAUGGGUAUUCUUACGUAUAUCCGAGAGAGUGGAAGGAAUUUGACUUUUUGGCUCAUGAUUCUGCCUUCAAAGACAAAGUCCUACAGUUACAGAAUGUAAGGGUGAGAUUUAUACCGACAGAGAAAAAAGACAUCCGAGAUUUGGGUCCUUUGGAAGAGGUAGUAUACUAUUUGGUGAAGCAUAGAUAUGCUGCACCAAACCAAAGACCAACAAUAAAUGCCAUGGAGGAGCGAACAAUAGAUGGAAAACAUUACUAUACCUUUGAAUACAUACUUACAUCACCAAACUACGCUAGUGGCUCCUUUGCAACAAUUGCUAUAGGAAAUGGACGGUACUACACGUUAAUUGUGGGAGCCAAUGAAAGGCGAUGGAAAAGAGUACGAGAUGAGCUUAAAGUGGUAGCAGAAUCUUUUAGGCUUCUUGACAUAUAAAAUGUCACGGGGCAAUGCAAGACGAGCUUAAAUUUGCCUACAGAUGAAGUUUGUUUUUAAAUAUUUGUAUAUCAGUAAAUAUAGUUUUUUACGGGUGAA